ACCAGAGAAUCAGACAAGAACUUGACCUUAUUCUUUAAAACAUAAUAAAAAUAAAGCAAUUGGACCCGAAAUUUCGCAAAAUCUCAUAAAUUAAGUAUCUUAAACAACGCAUAACCCGCACAUGAAUGGCAGCCACGCGUAUCUUUGAACUAUUUUUUCUGCAUAAAUAAUAAACAACAUCAUUAACGUAACAUAACAAAGAAAAGAAAUCCGUCAGGUUAUUGUUUUCUGUUUUUGUCAGGGCCUCCGGUUCUUGCCGUUGGCUUUGGUCGGAGAAAACAAACCCAAUUCUGCCGUUUUGAAACUAACACCUGUUUUGCAGUACGCGGCAGUAAGUUUGUUCCGCCUCCGGUUAUAGCCAACAGCGAAAAAACUUCACAAAAUUAAAAACCAAAAGGAAAAAAAAAAAAAAGACCUGACUCUUCUUUUUACCUAUGACUUACCUACCUUUUACAUUGCUAUUUAUCAACUUAAUUUUCACAUUCCCUUUUGAAUAAAUAUUGUAUCUUGAUUUGAUUCAAUGGCGGACGAUAUCUCGGAUUCAGUUGUAUGGUUGCAUGGCGAUCUUGAUUUGAAAAUCGUUGAGGCUCGAUGCUUGCCGAACAUGGAUUUACUCACGGAGCGUCUGCGUCGAUGUUUCACCGCAUUUGAAAUGUGUCGAGCCCCGUUUAGACGAAAGAACAAUCACCACCACCGUAAGAUCAUCACCAGCGACCCUUACGUAACGGUCUGCUUAGCCGGUGCAACGGUGGCACGAACGCGCGUGAUUUCAAAUUCCCAGCAGCCGGUUUGGAACGAGCGGUUCAAAAUCCCCCUGGCCCACCCAGCAUCAUGCAUCGAGUUUUAUGUUAAGGAUAAUGACGUGUUCGGCGCUGAUUUGAUCGGAGUCGCUACGGUGCCAGCGGUUAAGGUUCUCAUCGGUGAAACGGUUAGCGGUUGGUUCCCUGUAAUCAGCUCUUAUGGAAAACCACCUAAGCCUGACUGCGCGGUUCACCUGGAAAUGAGAUUCAUCAAAUGCGAAGAAAUCCCAUUUUACAGAUACGGAAUGGCGGCAAACCCAUCGGAAUUCGGAAUCGGAAACUGUUAUUUUCCGGUCCGGCAUGGGGGUUCCAUAACUUUAUACCAAGACGCGCACGUGAAUGAAUCGAUGGUACCAGAGAUCGAAUUGGAGAACGGAACCGUGUUUAAGCACGAGCCGUGUUGGGAAGAUAUCUGUCAUGCAAUUCUAGAGGCGCAUCAUUUGGUUUACAUCGUCGGAUGGUCGAUUUUUCAGCAGGUGAAGCUUGUAAGAGAGCCGACACGGCCGUUGCCCAGUGGUGGGAAUUUGAGUUUGGGGGAAUUGCUUAAGUACAAGUCACAAGAAGGGGUUAGAGUUUUGCUGUUGGUUUGGGAUGACAAGACUUCCCAUAGCAAGUUUUUCAUUAAAACGGCGGGAGUGAUGCAAACUCAUGAUGAAGAAACUCGGAAGUUUUUCAAGCACUCUUCUGUUUCAUGUGUGUUGUCCCCUCGUUAUGCCAGCAGUAAGCUUAGCAUUUUCAAGCAACAGGUUGUUGGAACCCUUUUUACACACCACCAGAAAUGUGUGAUUGUGGAUUCACAAGCAUCUGGAAACAAUCGAAAGAUCACUGCUUUUUUAGGAGGUCUGGACCUUUGUGAUGGUCGCUAUGAUACACCUCAACAUCGACUAUUUCAGGAUCUUAAUACUGUGUUUCGAGAUGAUUAUCACAACCCGACAUUUUCUGCAGGAAUCAAGGGCCCAAGGCAACCAUGGCAUGAUUUGCAUUGUAAGGUUGAAGGGCCUGCUGCUUAUGAUAUUCUUACCAACUUUGAGCAGCGUUGGAGGAAAGCUACAAGAUGGUCAGAGUUUGGACGUCGAUUCAAAAGGGUUACUAGGUGGCAUGAUGAUUCUUUAAUAAAGUUAGAACGAAUUUCUUGGAUACUAAGCCCUUCUACGACAAUCUCAAAUGAUGAUCCUGCAUUAUGGGUUUCCAAGGAAGGAGAUCCAGAGAACUGGCAUGUUCAGGUUUUCCGUUCUAUAGAUUCAGGAUCUCUGAAAGGGUUUCCUAAGGAUGUUUAUGAAGCAGAGUCUCAGAAUCUUGUUUGUGCAAAAAAUCUGGUGAUAGACAAGAGCAUUCAGACAGCAUACAUCCAGGCAAUUAGAUCUGCUCAACACUUCAUAUAUAUUGAGAACCAAUAUUUCAUUGGAUCAUCAUAUGCUUGGCCAUCUUACAAAGAAGCAGGUGCUGAGAAUUUAGUUCCCAUGGAAUUGGCAUUGAAGAUUGCUAGUAAGAUAAGAGCAAAGGAGAGAUUUGCAGUGUACAUUGUUAUACCAAUGUGGCCUGAGGGUGUCCCUUCUUCAGCAUCUGUGCAAGAAAUUCUCUUUUGGCAGGGACAAACAAUUCAAAUGAUGUAUGGAAUCAUAGCACAAGAGUUGAAAUCCAUGCAUAUUGAGGAUUCCCAUCCACAAGACUACCUAAAUUUCUACUGCCUUGGUAAUCGGGAAGAAAUUCCCAAAGACUAUUUUGGCUCAAGUUCGUCACUCUCGAAUAAUGGUGACUCGGUUUCAGCUUCACAAAAGUUCCAACGGUUUAUGAUUUAUGUACAUGCAAAGGGAAUGAUAGUGGAUGACGAGUAUGUGAUAUUGGGGUCUGCCAAUAUUAAUCAACGAUCAUUGGCUGGUUCAAGGGACACUGAGAUAGCAGUGGGUGCGUAUCAACCCUAUUACACAUGGGGUGAGAGGAAGAGACAUCCACGUGGUCAGGUUUAUGGGUACAGAAUGUCACUGUGGACUGAACACAUGGGAAAGGUGAAUGAUUUGUUCAAGGAACCUGAAAGUUUGCGUUGCGUGAAGAGUGUGAACAAUAUUGCUGAGGAUAACUGGAAAAGGUAUUCAGACGAGACUUUUACAGAAUUACAGGGACACCUGCUCAAAUACCCCAUUGAGGUGGAUAGCAGUGGCAAAGUAAGCCACUUGCCUGGACAAGAGACCUUCCCGGAUGUAGGUGGCAAGAUCCUUGGAACUCGAACAACGCUUCCUGAUGCUCUUACUACUUAGGCUUCAAUAUUUUUGGAGUUUAUAUCAUUGUAUGGGCUCGGUUCAACACCGAUGAAGGGGAGACAAAGGUGGGGCAAGUCUAGUUCUUCCUACACACAUAGUGCAGAUUACGAAGGCAUCCCUGGGUUAACACUGGACUGGUAUGUAAUUACAUGCCCAUGGUCUAUUUAGUGUGAAGCAUUAAGCAUUGCAAUCAGUAAAUCAGUACUAUUUGGCUUAAAGUUUUGCAAUUCCGACACCUUAAGUUUCAGCAGAAAGGUUAAAAGAGUUUCGUUUGGCCAACGGUUUCAUAGAUAGAGGGCUGCCCUUUGUAUGAGUCAGCCAAGUAAUCUAGUUGUGUACUGAUCCCAUGGCACUUCGAAAUGCCUAUAUCUAUGUUCGUCCAUUUUCUUU